GGAAUUAUUGAAUAUUCGGUUUGAUUUAGUACCAUCCGCAAGAAUGAGAUACAAACCGUGUCUGAUGAUAGACCAUCUAGAUGAUGGUUAUGCAGAGAUUGACGUUAUCUGUGCUGACACCCCCUGGUGCGAAACCUGCAGAAGAUAUUUUCAUAAGUCCACUGAUUGUCCUUCUAAACGACAACCUGGCCCUUCGGCGUCAAACGGGCUUAUCAGGGAACAAACCCUCAACAAGAGCAAGAGAUCAGAGAAAGCCGACAAGAGCAAGGACGUGGAGAAGGGGGAUAAGGGCAAGACUGCUCAGGGGGAUAAACAGCAUCAGGAGAAGGAGAAGGGAAGGGUUCUGGACGAAGUAACGGAGAAGACCAAACCACCAAACCCGCCUCCCCCUCAAGACCAGGGAGGAGGAAGGGCAAUUGUGGUUUGGAAAAAGAAAGUCCCGAACCCCUCAGAGUCACAAAAGGGUCACCAUCUUUCCCCCCAAAAGGUGCCAAACACAGAGCUGACCACUAAAGGGCUAGAUAUAAGAAAAGAACAUGGAUCGAAAGCAGGGUCGGAGGAAAGGGAAAAAUCCCCGCUGAAGGACCAAGCCCAUCAGGAAACGGAAAAAGGAAUGAUAGAUGUGGAAAUGACCAGUGAAGAGGAGAACAUCAAUGAGGAAAGAGGAAAGAAUGUGGAGGAAAAAGGGAAUGAAGAUUUCGAGGACACGAAGGAUUCGGAUAUGGAGGACUCAGAGAAGGAGGAGGAUGGGUCUGAGGUGGAGGAGGAGGAGAGAGAAGAGGAAGAAGACGAGGAAGAAGAGGAGGAGGAGGAUAAAGAGGAAGAGGGAAAAGGUGAAAGAGUUAGGGAGGAGGAGGAGGAUAAAGACAAAGAGGAGGAAGAGGAGAGGAGGAGGAGUAGAGAGGAGGAGGGCAAUGAUAAGAAUGGGAGUGUCCAGAGGGAAGAGGAAGAGGAAAGAGAGAGAAAGUCUGAGGACAACAGGGAGGACAGCAGGGAGGAGGGCCAUAAGGAAGAAGUUAUAGAACAGGUCCAAAUGGUAAAUGCGGGAAAGGAGGAGGAGAAGCGGGUAGAAGAUGACGUCCAGGCCAGGGUUUCACCCUCCCCCAGGGGUCCAAAUUUACAGCCUCUGGAAAACUUUGUAGUGUAUGAUAAUAACUCAUUUAUCCCAUUGGAUGUUGACCAGUCAGGCGGUCCCAUGUCUGAAAAAGAAAAAGAAGCCGCGGACAGUACAUGGAAAUUGGCGGAUAUUUUCCCUUUUCAGAGAAUGGGUAACCAACAGUUACUGGGUGCUUUUGGUUUGGCCCAGGCCUGUGAAUCUUCUCCGGCAAAAAAAGUAAAGCGAAAUGAUGCGUCAGUCGGAGUGGCCUCGGGUGAGGAAACUGGAAGCCCUCCACGCACCCAGCGAUUUGAGAAGGAUACAGAGGGGCGCAAGAGGCCGAGGUCAUCUAGCCAUGCUAGAAGGGAACUGUCUCUGGCUGGUCCUAUGAGAACAGUUACCAAAGCAGACAAGGCAAAAGGUCCUAUCAAGCAGUUUGUUGUCCCUCUGAUCAUAUCAGAGUCAGCAGUAGGUCCAGUGCUUUUAACUAGAAUAACCAACAAUGACGGACUGGAAAUUCCGUCUAUUCCUGUAACUGCCCCCCCCUCGGAUGAGGAGGCAGUGGAAAUAGCGAAACGGCAAGUUUUGAAUCAUACGGGUUCGGUAGCAGUGCUACCUUCCUUCCUUUAAAAUUAACCGGUACUUGUCUCAGAAACAGCAACUCCCCCCGGUGGUCUUCCACAUGGCGCUGAUGGGCAUUCGCACCAUCUGUGAAUCUUUUGAUAAAUGGUGUGACCUCUG